AGAUACGAAAGUGAUCGCGGCAAGGUGGAAGAGCAUGAAUGAAAUAGGAGGUAGUCGGGUUGUAUUCCUGGUCGACGUCAGUUGCGCCGCCUCAGACGUACAGUCAUACCAUAGGUCACUCUGCUUUGAGUGCACCAAAGUCCUCUUCUCCCUGUCGGUGUUUCCCUCAAGAAAUUGUGUGAAAUGGAAGCUAUUACCUCUAAGAGUUGACGAACCUGUCGCGGGGAGAGUACCUCCGUUUGUGGAUCUAACCUUGGAUUCAAUGAAAACCCUGUUCAAAGAGAUAGGAUAUGAACUGUUUAAAAAUGUUGACAAAGAUGUGAAGCCAUUGCCCUCGACUGUGUUAUCCUCUACUGUCGCUACUGUUGUGCAGGGUUGCUUGUGGGAUUCACCUGACAUCUAUUCACCUCCAAAGAGAAAGCCCUCAAGGGUGUCAGAUCCAAUGAAUAUCAUAUUUGUGUGCAGCAGAUGUCCAGAAAGAUUGCAGCAGAUUGUAUCUAACGAUCUUCAUGCCUGCCUUCUGAAGCAAAAUGUGCACCUUAUUUGCCUAAGUGAGAAGGGUGUCAUUAGAGAAAAGGAUGCUGGGAUUAUGCCACUAUUAAGAGAUGUGGUGUUGCCUUUUAUUGAGCCAAUACCUCAACCUGCUAGUGUUAUUUUGUCCCACCAGACAUCAUUUGCAAGACCUGAGUGCACCAUCAGUGGCAACCCUGAAAUGUUUUGGCUCUGCACUAGCACAGAGGGUAAUCCUUUGUGUGUCGUUGAAGUUGAGCCUGUACUGACAUCUGCACCUCAUUGCACAUUUAUGUCAAGUAUACAGAACUGCAACCUUGUAGUAGUUGGGAAAUGUGAUACACCCCAAUAUAAAUUUGUGCCUAAAAAUGAAGGUAAUUUUGCAGUAAUGAUUGGUGUGAUCAGAGAAGAUGAUGUGAACAGUUCAUACUUACAAAUGAGCUACUCAUCAUUCACUUGCACUGGUCUCUGUGUUCAUUCAUCUUCCUUUGAUGCAAGUGACGAUAUGCAGCAAAAUGGACUUGAAGCAUCAACAGAGCCAAAACCGUUUUCACAGGAAUACCAGCAUCUCUGUGCAAAUUUGGCAUCUAACAAACUUUGUUUGUUACUCGAAGUGAGAACUAAUACUGGUGACACUGCAUGGUGUAUACUUCAGCCACUGUGGUCAGUUAUGAGUUUGCUCACUGUUUUAAAGCCUCCAACCACAUGCAACCUUGACUCCGCAUUGUCAACUUCCAAUCUAUGGGAUUCUAGUAUAAUGGAUGAGCUAUAUUGUGUUCAACAUCUGUCGAAAUGCAUAACUUACCCGGAGCUAUACUACAAACUAGCACGAUCUUAUUCUGGGAGCACAGAAUGUGGCGUCUCACCGAAUCCUGGAAACCUAGAUGAGGCAGAAAAAGCUGCAAUUUUUGAUGAUGAUUCACUGUUACCUUGGUAUCCAUUUUCUGAGCAUCAGGGUCUAUCCUCAACAUGUUUUCAACACAUAAAAGAAUUGCAGAAAGGUGGUAAAUCUACAAGGAUUACUGAGGUCACAGGUACAGAACUUAUCAAGAUUGUUGUGGGUACGUGCAGUUCAGUAAUACUGCUGAGGGAAAAAAGGCUCCUAAGUCAGCAAACACAGAUGAUUACAGCCUGGAUGAAAUUUUUGAGAUUAUGGCAGCUGGUUACAUGAAGGUUAUCAAAAGUUGUAGUGAUUGUCUCCAAUUACAAGAGUGGGUUGCAAACAACCUGUGCAACGUACAGGUAGAAGUAGUCUACCUACUUCCCAAGGUCUCUAAAUUUCUCCUGCUAAAUGCUGAGCAGUUGGAACAGAAGUAUGCCAAAGGACUCAAUAACAAUGAGGAGAAAAUGACUGAGUACCUGCUGCAAGUGCUUUUGAGGUUGGAAGUAAACCAUAUCGCAGUUGGACAGUUAAAAGAUCUAGAUAUCAAUAUUUUAGCAACAGAGGUCACUCACCUGCUAAGAAAAAUUUCACUAAUGGCGAAACCUUCAUUUCUUGGCCAAUUGAUGAAAGAGGUCAUCCUACCAAACUACUCUGCUACUUGCCAGAAAAUGCUUCUUAGUGUGUAUGAAGAACUGUUGCUUCCAGUGCCAGUUGAACUUGGUGGGAGCCGGCUGGGUAGUCCACAGAGAGAGGAUGCUAAAGCAGACUCUGUCAGCAGCAAUGAUGAUGAAAGGAGUGUAGGCCAACAGUUAGUAAAUGACGUGUCAAGUGCACCUGUGAAAACUGUGACCAUGCAUAGGUCAGCGAGCAAUCUCUGUGUCCACAUCACUGCCAUGCACAAUUAUAUGAACCAUUUUCAGUUUUAUGCGUCAUGCUAGUUUUCAAGAUCAGCGCCAGAUCAUCAUGCCUGCUCAAAAACCUAAAUGGAAGAAAGAAGAAGCAGUACGUGUUACUAUUACGCUGUAUUGGACUGUAAAUAGACACUUAUGUGUACAGCCACACUGGCAUUGACAGUUAAGAGUCUUCUUUGUGCAGACAGUUCUAUUGACCCCUAUGUACGUAUAAGCAUCAGUGAUUUUUUGUGCAUAAUGGUCAAAGGUCACCUGCAUGUGAUACAUUCGUACCUGUGGAGGUGUAGCAGCCUGAAGACAAUGUUAUUUUUUGUAUUUUUGUCAUUCUCUGUCCAGCUGUUUUGCAACAAUAUAACUAUGAACCAAAAUGGUGCCCAUUUAGUGGUCUGAUUUGCGUCUGUACAGAAUUGAACAUGCGCAUAAAGUGGUGAAAAUAUUCUCUAGUAUAUUGAAUCUAGGCUAUUUAGAACUGCAGCUGAGUUGGUUAUUCUG